AUGGCACCACCCAAUCCCACUUACACCGCCGUCCCCAACCCUGGGACUUCAUCCCCUACCGAACCUAACUUUCCUUCACCAGAUCCCAAUAACUCUUACCAGAAUCCUAAUCCAAGAGAUAGCAGUAUCCUUUCACCUCCUACACCUGAUCCUGAUACUGCCAAUCUACUCGGGAGACCCGGUUCGGAAUAUAUGCCCGCACCAUCUAUAAUGACUCGAGACUCGACGUACUCGUCUCUACCCGGAACUCCACCUUUACGAGGAGAUGAUAGGAAAUCAUGGGGAAGUGGUGUAGGACUGGCUGGUGCUGCUGAAGGAAUCUCAGGUGUCGAACAACCACGAAGACCAGGAAGUGUACGGGCACCAUCGAAUCUUGCUCACUCAUCUUUAGGCUGGAAUAAUUCCACCAACGAUAGGCUGUCGGUAAGCGACGAAGAUGACGAACAAGGUCAUAUCACUCCUGCUGUAGCUGGAAUCGGAGCUGCCGAAGUACAGACUGAAAAACCAAGAUGGGCAGAAGUCAAAGAUUUUGAUUCCACACCGAAAAAGAAGAAUAAGAAAUUACUCCUUGCUGGUGCUUGUGUUGGUGUGUUGGCCAUCGUCGCUUUGGCAGUCGGUCUUGGUGUUGGUCUUACACGUAAAUCGACCAAAGACGGUUCCUCCUCCUCCUCGGAAGAUGGAAAGACAGGAGACGAUGGGAACAAAAGUGACAACUCUGGUACAAAAACCGCUUCGACCACUGCUUCCACUCCUUCUGCCACAGCUACGUCGGGUACCCAAGGUUCUUUGGUAACCCUUGACGAUGGUUCCACCAUGACUUACGACAACCCGUUCGGCGGUGAAUGGCAUUGGGAUGAAUCCGACCCUUUCAACAGUUCCGCACGAGCCAACUCUUGGUCUCCUCGAUUAAACGAAGCUUGGGACUAUGCCAAGAACAGAAUUUAUGGUGUCAACCUUGGAGGUUGGCUCAACACAGAACCGUUCAUCGUUCCUGCUCUGUACGAGACAUACCACGAGGUCAAUGGCCAAACUGCUAUCGAUGAGUACACUCUCAGUCAGAACAUAGGUAGCAACUUGACCGCUGUCAUGACCGAACACUACGAGACUUUCAUAACCGAAAAGGAUUUCAUCGAGAUCGCUUCGGCCGGUCUGAAUUGGAUCAGACUUCCUAUCCCCUUCUGGGCCAUUGAGACCUGGGAAGGCGAGCCUUUCCUCGAAAGAGUGUCGUGGACUUAUGUCCUCAAAGCAUUGAAAUGGGCAAGGAAAUAUGGUAUCAGAGUAAACUUGGACUUGCACACUGUCCCUGGAUCUCAAAACGGUUGGAACCACUCAGGUCGUCAAGGAACACCCAACUGGCUCCAAGGUGUGAUGGGAGUUGCCCACGCUCAACGAUCUCUGGACUACAUCCGAACUCUCGCGCAAUUCAUUGCUCAACCAGAGUAUUCCGAUGUUGUCCAAAUGUUCGGUUUCAUCAAUGAACCCAAUGGAAAUGCUCUUGGCAAAGAUCCCAUCACAUCCUUCUACAUUGAGGCACACAACAUCAUUCGAGAUAUCACUGGUAUCGGGGCUGGAAACGGUCCACAGAUUUCCAUGCACGAUGGUUUCUUGGGUAUCAAGAGUUGGUACGAUUUUGCUCCUGGUGCUGACCGAGUGAUGUUGGAUCAACACAAUUACAUGGUAUUCCAGGAUCAACCCACAGGUGAUCUCGAUGAGUUAAAAGUCAAACCUUGCCAAUGGUGGGCUGCUUCCACCAAUACGACCUUCCAAACCUACGGACCUGUCAACACUGGCGAAUGGUCUGCGGCAUGGAAUGAUUGUGGUCAAUGGGUCAACAACGUCAAUUCCGGUUCUCGAUAUGAUGGAACUUUCGAUGGAUACGCGGGCAAGGCUACCGGCUCAUGUGAUUACUGGAACGAUUAUACGCAAUGGAACCAGACUACCAAGGACGCCCUCAGCCACUUUGUCAAAGGUAGUAUGGAUGCAUUCCAGGAUUACUUCUUCUGGACUUGGAAGAUCGGAAAUUCAACGGGUGAUAUCCCCCAACCCAACCCUUUCUGGAACUACCAACUUGGUCUGCAACAAGGUUGGAUCCCCAAAGAUCCACGAACCGCUAUUGGUACUUGCGAAGGAGAUGGCAUCGCUUCGAACCCAUUCAGCAGUUUCUCCAAUGCAGCCGUUACCGGAGGUGCUGGAGCUGGUAUGAUCACUGGAUCCGAUUCCUCGUCUAACCCCUGGCCACCCAACUCCCUCACCAAUAUCGCCGCCGGGCAAAUGCAAAAUAUCUACCAAUACACUCAGACGGGCGAACCUAUAACGAUGCCUGCUCCAACUUUCACUAGUCCAGGAUCAUCGGCGACGAUUGAUGCCGGUGAUGGUUGGGCUAAUCCGAGUGCGGACAACAGGAAAGCCUACGCUUCUUUCACUGACUGUUCAUACCCAGCUUUAUACAGUGCAGCUAGUAUCACCUCUGUCGCCAAUGCGUGUGGAGCAGGAUUGACACAACCUACCAAACGAUCGGAACUCGGAUCGGUACAGCAGGUCAAGAAAGCUGCUUACCCUCAACCUACCACGCCACCAGCUAGAAGGUGA